AAGAGAGAUAGAGAAAUAGAGAGAGACAGAGAGAGAGAGAGAGAAAUACAGAGAAAUAGAGCAAGAGAGAGAGAGAGGGAGAGAGAAAAAGAGAGAGAUAGAGAAAUAGAGAGAGACAGAGAGAGAGAGAAAUACAGAGAAAUAGAGACAGAGAGAGAGAUAGAGCAAGAGAGAGAGAGACAGAGACACCGAGAGAUAGAGAGAGAGAGAGAAAGAGAGAGAGAGAGAGACUAAAUUACACUCAGCAAUCAAGUGGCCUCUCAGAGCAGUAGGUCUUCGUGGAAUAGCCGUCACACACACAGAGGAGCCCCUGGAGCCUGUUGCUGGUGAUUUCUCCUGCACUCGUCCACUGCUCUUAACAUCAGCGGAGAGAAGAGGAGGAUGACACGCUGCAAGUAACCCAGUCACCUCAUUCACUGCUCCUUCAUUCACACCCAAACCUGCAGGACAGAGCACUCAGGAUCCACUCCUUACACUCAUCCUCCAGCUUCGUCCCGCUCGGUCAGAAUGAUGGAGCGAGCUGUCGUGUUGGUGUUGUGCUGGACGGUGAUGCUCGGACUCUGCACACCGCUCUAUCCUUCACUACGGUUCGGUCAGAGAGCCACUGCGAUACUGAUGAGCUCCUCGCUGGACGAUCCCCUGCAGCCCCCGACAGACUACAGAUCCGCCCGGAGUCAGCAUGUCGAGUUCAGGUCUGGAAGGCAUGCAGACGCCAUCUUUACCAACAGCUACCGCAAAGUUCUCGGUCAAAUAUCUGCUAGAAAGUUCCUCCAGACGAUCACAGGAAAAGGAUCUGGAAGCCGGCCAGAAUCUGAACACUACGUAAAACGGCAGGCAGGAAUUUUCGAGGACACAUACAAGCAGGACCUGAUGUCCAUCAAGAGGGAACACAGCUAUAGGGAGCAGCAGAGAGGACGUCAAGGCUUUAGUCUUCAGUGCAGCGGCUGUGCUUGUGGUGUGCUGCUGAACAGGAAGUGUCCGGAGAAUCGGCGCAGAAAGUGAUCAGUAUGUUGCUUUCUUUGUGGUUUGCCAAUUAAAAAGGAUUAUGCAAAAAGAUCUCUUUAAAUAAAUCAGAACUGCUGAGCCAAAACUGUGUUAGUGCUUUGUGUCUUUCUAAUAAAUGCUAACUAAUACAGGAGGGAUGUGGAAAAUAAAUAAAUAUGAAAAUAAAUAAAUAAAUAAAAACAUUUAAAAAAUUAAAUUAAAUAAAAAUAAAUUUCACAAAAUUUGUUGAGUAAAAAGGAAACACAAAAGCUGGAAUUUGUGUUUUUUGUUUUUAUUUUUUUAAAUUGUUUUCUUUACAAAACCACAGUUUGGUGAGAUGAGUGUUGGGUGUGGUAACAAGCUGUAAAAAUGGUCACACGUGCUGUCAAAAACAGACAGACAAAACAAAAUCGAUCGGCAAAAAAUCCAAACCUGCCCUGGAAAGAGAGUUUUGGGAAACAAAUUACGCCCAUGACGGAAAAACCUUUACAGCUUACUGUAUGAGGGAAAAACCACCUAGAGAAAAAAAAAACCAAAACACAGCGACAAUCAAA